AUGGAGACUCUCAAAGCGGUAGUAGGCUUUGGUAAGAAGGAGCAGGAAGGUCAAGAACCCGUCAGUGGGGUUCAAGGGGAGGGUAGUGGCGUAGAGCCUUAUGAUGCUGGCAACUCAGCCGAGUCCGAGCUAGGUGGCAAAGCGCCUCAGCACACUGAUGCGACCCCAGCUAUCGAUCAACCCAGCGUGACUCACGCCACGCCUGCAGACGAAACCACGAGCAGUGGUAAGUCAGAAGCACCUGCACACGCGCCCGAGCCUGCUCUAGCGUCCACUGCUACCACAUCUCCUCCGAGCACUUCUGAAACUUCGAAGGCAAACAAUAGCGAGACGAACUCCAAGCCGUCGAUUGGUAGUCCGGGCUGGUUCAUGACAGCCUUGCCACUCGGCAAGCGCAAGCCUGAGGAGAAAGCGGUAGGGCAGCCAGCGGCAACGGACCACGAGGGUGCUAGCAAUGCGGUCCAGACUGAGACUGGUAUGGCGGCCGGAGCGGGCGCGGUCGCUGGAGCAGGUGCAGCUGCUGGCGUUGCUCAUGAGAAGCAUGAGGCGAAUCAGACGAGUAUUGGACUUCCACCAAAUCACCUUGGUUCCGACGUGCCGGCAGCACCAGAGGCAGAACUAGCAGUAGCACCAGUACAUGAAGGAGCUACCAGCAAUACCGCGACUGCUGUGCCAGAAACGCAGCAUAUUACCCCUGCGACUACUGGUGUGGCGACAACCGCUCAAGAUGAUGUUACUGAUCAAGCAACCCAAAGCGCCGCUCAGCCAGCAACUAACACAACCACAACCACAAUCACGAAAGGAAACGAAGUACCCGACAAAUCCGGCGGUCUCUUCAGCAAUCCCUUCGGCUCUAACAAGAGAGAAGACAUGGCCGUUCCUCAGACACCCAAGCAAGCUCAGCAGGGAACACCGAAGCAGAAAGAACCGCGCGAAAUGCACGGGAGCAACCCCAGCGCCAUUCCUACGGCUGGUGGGGUGCCUCUGGGAGCCGCAGCUUCGGAGGACCGCCGCAAAUCCCGCGACGUGCGUCGGAGCAUGAGUGUACAGCCGGACGAUAUUCCGGAAGCGGAUGAAAGAACUGCUGCGAAUACUGCGGCGAACGCUGAUGUAGGGAUGUCGAGCAAGUUUGUUGAGGGGACUCCUGCUACUGCUGAGGCUCCUACUAUUGCUGGAGCUGAACACCAAAGUGCUGGCAUUGUCGGUGCUGGAGCGACGAGUAAUGUCCCUGCUAGCAGUGCGACAUCGUCUUCUGCUACGCCGGAGAAACUUGGAUCGCCUGAGGCUGGAGAGGAAAAGCAUAGGAAGAGGAGCAUUUUUAGCAAGGUGAAGGAGAAGAUUAAGCACUAG